AUGAAUGGCGUGGCGGCAUUGGAGCAAUGGCAGCAGCCCGCAACAUCAACAGCAGAUUGUGCGAUGACACCACUACCAUCAGGACUGUCAAGCGCUCGGCUCGCUCGCUUCGCAAGCGGAGACACCGACUUCGAAGACAAGCCUCGGUCGGGACGCCCCCACACUGUCGAGAACUCCGCCAUUCUCGACGUUGUCAAAGAGGAUCCGGAGGUCAACGCCCGCAGCCUUGCGACGAGACUCGGGUGUAGCCAUUCAGUCGUCAGUCGCCUCCAGGCCAUCGGCUACAGAAAAGUGCUGUCUCGAUGGAUCCCCCACAUCUUGACAGAUGGCACUCGCUUUACCCGGGUAUCCAUCUGUCAAUCUCUCCUUCUUCGCACGCAUCGAAAAGAGUUUCUCGAAAAUCUUAUUACUGAGAUGAGAGUUGGGUCCUUUACGAAUCUAUCUCGCACCAUGCCGUGUGGCUCCCUCGAGGAGGAGACCCGCCGACGCAAGCCAAAUCGAACCUCCACCCCCAGAAGUGUCUCCUUUGUUGCUUCUGGGAUUCGAGGGGAAUGCUGUUUUAUGAGUAGCUCCCAUAUGGCCACAUUAUCAACCGUCACCGGUUCCAUAUACGCUAGUCAGCUCCAAUAG